UUAAAGAUACCCCUAACCUAUAUUUAACUCUCUGGAACUGAUAAAACCAAUAUAUGUAUAUAUAUUUUUUCACAAUAUAAAUCGACACUGCAAUAUUCCAUCAUGUCUAGGAUUAUAAAACCAUUUGUUGUCUGUAUGUUUGCUGCAACAUCACUUUCGAUCAUAUUCGUCGUCAGAGAUAAUUAUAAUUGGUAUUUAACAGUUAAAAGUACCUCCAUUGAGAAAUGGACCCGAAUGUCAACUGGUACGACUCAAUACACUGUUUCCAAGGAUACAACUAAAAAUAUAUCCAAAUCUCUCUCUUUCAAAGAUGUUCAGCAACAGCGUCACUCAAAUCUUCUGGAGGCAUGUGAGCGUUUAAACUCCAAGGAACGUCGAGACACCAUUGAUGGCCUGACCGCUGACAUCUUAAAGAAAAUGAAUCACAUUUUCGUGUUAGACAAAUUAAAAACUCUUUACUGUUAUGUACCUAAAACUGGCUGCACAACAAUGAAACGAAUGCUGCUCUUGCUUAAUGGUAAUAUCAAUUCAACCAACAUAGACCAUGAAACAGUUCAUAUACUUGCUGAAAGGCACUUUCCAUCAUUGGGUAAGUUCAGUCUGGAAGAUGCUAAAGAUAAAAUAAAAACUUACCGUAAACUGAUAUUUGUUCGCGAACCGUUUUCACGUAUUCUCUCAGCAUAUCGGGAUAAGCUGGAUUCAAAUGGAGCCUUCAGGAAUGAAUAUUGGUCUCGUAUAAUAAACGGGAAUGCGAGAAAUAAAGAUCUCAACAUAACAUUCGGCAAUUUUGUCGAUUACGUUGGUAAUCCAUCGCAUACGCUAGCUCUUCCACAAGAAGAGCAUUGGCGGGAAUUUCAUCGUCUUUGCCAUCCAUGCCGGGUCCCUUACGAUGUCAUUGGCCACUUUGAAACCUUCUACGAAGAUGUGCGCGAAGGACUCCAGGAAAUUGCGAAAGGUGUUGAUAUAGAAAUACCCAAAUCAUCGAAUCCUACUAAAAGCAGUAGCUCGGAAGUCUUGGUGAAAUACUAUUCUCAAGUUAGUUCGACACAGUUAGAAUCUCUCUACAAGAAGCUGGCGAAAGAUAUAAAAAUAUUCAACUACCGAGUUCCACCCUUUAUUGCUGAUCGUAUUAACACAUCACGUUACAACAUGUAAGAACUAAUUGCAUUUUCCUUAUGUGUGUUGAAGUUCUCGCACUAUGGAUAAGAAAUUCAAACCAGUUUGAAGGAAUCAUCGUUAACAAUAGAUGAUUCAAAAUACUUCAAUAUGCCGAUGAUACGGCUUUAUUCAUUUCUGGCUCUAAUACGACUUUUCAAAAAAGCGUUGGACAUGAUUUCUUAGUUCGCUCAAUUUACUGGACUUACACUAAAUUCACAAUAGACGCAAGUUAUUUUGGGAGGUAACAUGAAAAAGACAGUUUAAGACAUUGAAGAAGAACUAAACUUAAUACUCAUUUUCGUUAUCUUGGUACAGAUUUUCAUGUGAAUAUUGAUAAGAUGCCGGAUUUCCAAUUACGAUAAAUGUUUUUGAUAAAUUAGAAAGACGUAUGAUUUCAUGGUCAAAGAGAAAUAUUACUCUGGGAAGAAUAACUGGCUAAAUCUCUUUUAUUGCCAUAAUUUCCCAUCUUCUAUCAAUCCCCAGUCUAUCUGCUCAACUUAUGAAAAAAAAACAAUUCGUAUGAAAUAGAAAACCAAAAAAAGUUAGUAGGAAACAAAUAGUUGGUUCAUACGAAGACGGGGGAUAGAAAAUGAUAGCAUUAAAAAAGCAUUAAAAUUGACAUGGUUGAGAAGAUUUCUUUUAAGAAAUUGUGAUGACAUUUAUUUUUGGACAGCCUUUCCACCUCUUUUACGGAGACGAAUAUUUUCAUAACAUAUCAGAAAGGAUUAAUAAUCCACUUUGGAAAGAUUUUUUUCAUGCUAUUUUUCAUAUUUAAGAAAUCUGAAAACAUUAAUUGGUCAGCAAAACCUUUAUGGAAAAAUAGCAAAUGGAAAAAGAUGAAAAGUCUGUUUAUUUCAAACAAUGGCAAGAUAAGGGUAUAAGAUUUAUUAAUGAUUUGAUAUAGAUCAAGAAGGAAAUAUUAUAUAUUUAACCCAAUGUGAAUCAAAGUUUAAUUCAAAGGUUGGUGUUUUGCAAUAUUUUUCAAUAUGUCAGGCUUUAGAUGUACAUUUUAUCGAAACUUCCUAAACUUAAGUCAUAUAAUAUGUGAGCCUAUUGUAAUGCCGUUUAUUUCUUCUAUAUUAUGCAUGAUAAAAAGGAUGUAAAAAUAUAUACUGUUACAUAUAAGUAGAAUUGUAAGAGCAAUUACAUUCAUUUAUUUAGUCAUUUCCUCUUUAAGGAUUUUCAUAGCAUAUAAUGAUUAAGAAUAUUCCAGAAUGUCUCAGUAUAAAGCUUUGUUGGGCAUGCAUUUUAAUGAGAUGGAGUAAUGUUUGUUAUUUCUGGAAUGUACAAACAAAAGAGAUUGCUACACAAUAGACUCCUAGUGGAAGUGGAAAAGGUCAAAAUGAUUAGCUAUGUUCUUUACAUUGUUUAUUUCACUGAGGUCGUUCAAGAGUCUUCUAGAAGUGGACUUUUCUAGAAAGAAGGAUAAUGUUCUUUUCAAAGACAAUACUAGAAGCUUCCAGAAUGAUGAAUAUUUAUGAAUAAAAGCUGGCCGUUUCUUCAAGGAUAUCAUCAUAUCAGAUCAGAACUCAGAGUUUCACAGCAGACUUUAUGUCAGAGCAUAGUUUAUUUCCAACUGGAAUACAACAUUUAUCUUCUGUUGAAUUAUUUGCACGCCAUUGAUUAACUGUUUGCAGUUACUUUGAGAGAGAAAUUCU